AGCCGGCCAUAUUAGAGAGAUGGAAAUAAAGCUUCCUUGUUGUUAUAUAUGUCUUUGAAGUACAUCCGUGCAUUUUUUUUUUUUUUUAAUAGCAUCUAACUCUUCCUCCCUUGUAGCCCUCAGCCCCUCAAAUCAGCCUCUCCCAUACCCCACCCUACUGACAUCUCAGUCUCUGAAAAUGCACAGAGAUGCCUGGCUACCUCGCCCUGUCUUCAGUCUCACGGGGCUCAGUCUCUUUUUCUCUUUGGUGCCACCGGGCCGGAGCAUGGAGGUCAUGGUACCCUCCACUCUCAAUGUCCUCAAUGGCUCUGAUGCUCGCCUGCCCUGCACCUUCAGCUCCUGCUACACAGUAAACCACAAGCAGUUCUCCUUGAACUGGACUUACCAGGAGUGUAGUAACUGCUCUGAGGAGAUGUUCCUCCAGUUCCGCAUGAAGAUCAUUAACCUGAAGCCAGAGCAAUUUCGAGACCGUGUGGAGUUCUCAGGGAACCCCAGCAAGUACGAUGUGUCCGUGACGCUGAAAAAUGUGCAGCUUGAGGAUGCGGGCAUCUACAACUGCUACAUCAUGAACCCGCCUGACCGCCACCGUGGCCACGGCAAGAUCUCUCUGCAGGUCCUCAUGGAAGAACCUCCUGAACGGGAUUCCACGGUGGCAGUGAUUGUGGGUGCCUCGGUGGGGGGCUUCCUGGCUGUGGUCAUCUUGGUGCUGAUGGUAGUCAAGUGCGUGCGGAGGAAAAAAGAGCAGAAACUGAGUGCUCAAGACUUGAAGACCGAGGAGGAGGGCAAGACGGAUGGCGAGGGCAACGCGGACGAUGUCACCAAGUAACAGGCUGGCGACCCCAGCAGGCCGCCCUUCCCUGUGUCCUGUCUCCCUUCGACUCUGCCCUGUACAGUGUGACCCCGCCUGUCCUCUCUUGGUGUGCUUCUCUUGAUCCAGGAUCCCAGUGCUGACCUUGGGCUUCUGAGCCCCUCACUUCUUACCCCCAACCCUGCACCAAGAGUGACCCACCUCUCCUUCAUCUGAGAAACCUGCCAUGACCUAUGGGAUGUGUGGGCCCUGGGGUAAGGAAGCUCCAACCUGCUAGUCCCUGAGAGGAGGCAGGGGGUAUGUGUGAGGGCCCC